CAAAACAGAGACAGCCAAAGAUCGCUCAGUGGAUUCGUUCGUUCGGGAGUGAACGCGUUGUGGGCAAAAGCGGAGCCAUGUGUUGCACUUGCUGGACCAAAACAAAUCUCUAAACAGUCUUACAAACAUUCGUAACAACAACGUAACUAAGUGAGUUUCAGUAGGUGAUAUUUAGCAACGAUAAGUGCAGUUGGAUUUCGACACGUCGAUCAACCCAGGAUCUAUUACGUAUAGGUAAAGACCAAAAACAGAAAAAUGACGACGGCCCCGAGGGGCGGAAUGGGCAACGGACCGAUGGCCGGAGGCGGCAUCUUCGAUCCUUCCGUGCUGUUUGAUUUAGAUGACAUUCUUAUGGCCGGUGACUGUAGCAACGAUAUGCAGACAUCACUGGUGCAUACACCUAUCAAAGAAGAACCAGAAUUUGAUCAAGAUGACAGAUACGUCCACUCUCCAAUCGGUUUGCCCAUACCAAAUCGAAAUGGAGGCGUCGGGAUGCUGGGCUAUCCAUCCAUCAAGCAAGAAGUGGGGAAUAGCAGCAGUCCCGCGGGAGGCAUGUGGGGAGGUCCAUCUCAAAUGCAACGGACUAUGAACAGCGUCCCAUUUCCCGUUACGCCCUUCAACACACCAUCACAGGGCCAGUCGGUUUUCAUGGGUCCUGAUUUGAGAAACUUUUUCCUCUCCGGCACCAGCAACAACCAUCACCAACAUCUCAAUUCCGUUAGUAAUCCGACACUCUCCGUGUCUAUUAAAGAGGAGCUAACCGAUCUAGAGACGGACUUGGAGACGAUGAAAGCUAUUUCCAUGUUCCCAAUGGAGGAGGAUGACAUCUUCCAGGUGGACAAGGCUGAUUUAAUUCAAGGUCCAACUUUGGCCGAGCUGAAUGCCAAUGACGAGUCUUUAUUGACGGAUUUCAAUUUCGACGACUUUGUCAUGCCAACACAAAUGACCGGAAGAUACACCAAACCUUUCAAUGGAGCAGAUAAUGUGGGUGCGGAUCGAUUCCGGAUGGCGGAAUUAAACGCUGCUUUCUCCGCUUCGCCUAGUCUGUCCCACUUUGAAUUACACAGAAACAGAAAUGUCAUGUCCGGAAUGGCCAACGAAGACGAUUACUCUCAGCUGGGUACAUCUCAGAUGGGUUUUGAUUUAGAGCAGUUACCUUCGGUUGACAUGCCAUUUCCCAAUGCUGGUACACCUUUCUCACUCACUGGCGUGGAGAGUAAUGCUGGGAUGAGUUCCACAACCGUCACUAGCCCACUUUCCGCUAGCCUUCCGGCCAAUUUUGGUCACGUCACUCUAUCCAAACUGACAAGACGAACCGAAGAAGGUGGUAGAGUCAAGCCACCUCCUCCUUAUCCGACUUCCCCUCCUCAAAAGAGUACAAACAAUAGUGCUCUCCAAGAAUUAUUGUCCAUUCGUUCACCUGGUCGACUACCUUCUCCUAAUCCCACAGGAGGGAGCCAUUCCCCAUCACCAACUACCCAACGUCCAACAUAUUCGGGAGGAGCUCGUCAAAGAACUUCAAACAGCGGAUCGUCUUCAUCGGGAGGAGCCAGCGGCCAGAGCAUCCCCCGACCCAAUUUGGCUGCAACCAAUCCUUUACUCCUUGCUAGGCUUUCGAGUUCAGCUCCUGGUCCGUCGAUUCUUGGUGGCAACGCAGCCCCUGGCGAGUCGAGCACCUGGCAGCGGCGAGAGCCUCGCAAUCGACUCUUCUCUACCAGUUCUUUGGUGGAAGAAGUUCACGGCUCCGCUUCUUCCAUUUCCACUGUUGGAAUACUGAGUCCUGGUUCCUUUGAUUUUUCUCACGAUGAAGGAUUCGAUUCGGAAGACGAUUCGGAUCAUUACGAAGAUUUCGACGACUCCGAUUCAGAUUCGGGAGGCAGUGAUGAGGAGGGACGAGGGGAAGCCCAUGCAGGUUCAUCGUCUGGAAAGAAGGAGCGAUUCUUCUGGCAGUACAACGUUCAAGCCAAAGGCCCAAAAGGGCACAAAAUCAGCCUGGCUCCAGAGACAGUCGACCCGCAUGUUUUGAACAAGGUUCAAGACCCCGUUUUUAGUCCGUACUGCUCUGUCGAUGGUAUCAAACACAGUGGGAAAGCCAGGCGGGGAGAUGGCAACGACUUGACACCAAAUCCACGCAAACUUCACAGCAUUGGCCGUGAACUGGACAAACUCAAUCGGCUUAUCAAUGACAUGACCCCCGUUAGUGAACUGCCCAUGGCUGUUCGGCCCAAAUCAAGAAAGGAGAAAAAUAAACUGGCAUCCAGAGCGUGCCGUUUGAAGAAAAAAGCGCAGCAUGAAGCCAACAAAGUUAAACUAUACGGAUUGGAACAGGAACAUCGGAAACUUAUGGCAGCUAUAUCUCAAACGAAACUCAUGAUUACUGCUAAAUAUGAUGUCAUGAUCGUGGCUCAAAAUCCCUCCGCUACUGCGCAACAGGGUCAGGAUGCUUCGACUCGGUUGGAACGAAUCGCCAAAACUCUUACAAAAGUGAAAAUUGCCGGCCAUUCGACCGAUUUUGUCAACCGGGUUUUAGAACGAGUCAAAGCCGGUGAGCCAUCUGGAGGACUGGACGAAAUCUAAGAAAAUUGAAAGGAAAAAAUAAAACCGAUCGUAGUCGUUAUCUUGCAUGGUGGAACUGAAAUUGGAAAAAGAACGAAAGGAAAAAGAGAAAGAAACAAAGAAAGAUUUCAUUUGCCUUGGAUGCAGGGACGAAUUAAAUCAUCAAAUAGCUCGCGAAGAAAGUCCUGAGGUUGCCGUUCUAACUUGGUUAUAUAUAACUGUAUCAGCUUUUUUUUAUUGGUUAUAUUGUUUACACUAUAGCUUUAUAAGCAUUGAUACGGACAUAUACAUCAGCUAUGUAUAUAUGUAUAUCAAUGGUAAAUGUUUUCAUGUAUCGUCUGUGGUUGCGUUAGGGAAAAGAGACGUCCAGAUAUCAUCAUGACGUGCCAAGUUAUCAUGAUAGGACGCAGGGGAAGGUACUGAAACGGUAGUGCACUUUGCCACGCAAAACAUGCUGCGGCUUUUCUCCUCUCGUUUCUUUUCGCCAUGAAUAUAUCAUGCUAUGUAAUGACGAUAACAAAAAUUUAGAUCCCUGUUGGUUUUCUUUGCGAUUGUAAACAAUGAACAGUACCUUUGUCGCUGAAAUUGCGAAGCGGAAAUUGUAGAUGAGAUCGAUACAAAGAAAUACAAUGAUUAUUUGGUUUAA